UGUGACUACACAACGCAGUGGCUCCAUUUGCCCAUUCGCGGCUACUUGUGCGCAAGUCUUCGCGCCGUGGGGGUAAAUUCAAUUCUGUGCAGCCAACUACUCCCGCUCGUGGUAAAGUCACCUGCGUCACAUCGGUAGGAGGCCAGUAGGAAAUGGUCACACAACAAUAAAAUUGUCCAACUGAAUUCUCUUUUUGAUGCAAUGCCUACCAGGUAGAGUGGCAGGAGUACAACGCAUUCCGAGAUUUUAGCAGGGAAGCGAGGAAGAACACAACAUGCUGAAUACUCGGAGAGUUGUGGCUCUUGUGGCUGCGGCUCUGACCGUUGCUGGCGCUGUGAUAGCGGACGACUUUUGUACGCCGCCGGAGCAUAGCACACUCACAAGUAUCUGCUACGGGGCGUGCAGCUCGUCGCUCUGCGUGAACUACGCGUCUUCGGCAGCUGAGGAUCGAAGCAAAGAGAGCAGUGACGCUGGAUUUUUCUACCGAGGGUGCUCGACCGCUAAUAUGCCGACGUGCAAGGCGAACGUGACCUCGGGCGGCUGCCAAGUGCAGUGCCUAGUGAACUCGCCGGCUAGCUGGAGCACACCGCAGUGGACGCUGACCAUUGCUCAACCUCAGAGCGACAAGACCGACACCGCGGUUUUCCAGCAAAUUGAUGAUCUUACGCUGCCAACUACCUUACAAAAUCUUACCAUCGUCGGUGCGACAACAAGCUCGCAGAUCACUGUCCCGCUCUCUUUUUCAUCGGAUGCCUUCCGUAACGGCACAGCAUUGCAGCAACUAGUUAUUUCGGACGUAAAUGUUGGAGAUAUCCUAACCAACAUUUUCCCGGACUCUCUCCGGACGCUUAUCAUUCAACGGGCAAAGCUUACUCAGUUUGAUCCUCGUGGUUCGCACGCUUUCACUUCGGUGUCCACUUUAGAUCUCCGCGACAACCAACUGUCCGACAUCCCUACAAUUAUUUAUGAAAUGCGCAACCUGUCCGCUCUGUAUCUUCAAGGCAACUCGAUCGCCAACGCUCACGUCACCCUACCACAACUCAAGUAUUUGCAGGAAUUGCCCGUUUUCGAAGCCAAUCUGACAGUCGAUGGAAGCUGCUCCUUCGGUUACGAGGCUGUGUCAUGGGGUGACAAGAAGAUAUGUUAUACGAAUGGUGACGGUCUCGGCAGCAUUAACAGCUCAGGCUCCAAGGAGAAGAGCACUUCCUCUACAGCAAGUGAGAACAGCAGCACUUCUGUCGUGCUCUAUGUUGUCCUCGGGCUUGUGUUCUUUAUUGUUCUGGCCGUAGCUGGCGGUGUUGUGCUUCUGCGACGAUGGAAACAAAAUAAUGUCAAGGAGCAGCAUGACUCGCUUGUAUCUGCCGAUGGGAAUAAAAUCAAGGCCAACCUUAAAAGCCUCAGGGCACGAAUAGGAGUUAACGGUACGAUGCAGACUACGGAGUUAGAAACUUCGCUGAACGACUAUACCACUGGAGGGGGACUACGCAAGGCUCCAUUCAAGGAGAUACCGGUCACCGAUAUGGUAAUGCUCAACCAGUUGUCAACGUCGGGGCCUGUCGUGGUCGCGCUUGCCGAAUAUCGCACGAAAUUGGUGCUCGUGACAAAGCUUCAGCCCAGCGACGAUGAUGUGGAGGCAGCGUUGGAUAUGGUACCAACGCUGUCCCAGAUGCGUCACCCGCAGCUUCUCUCGAUUACUGGACUUGUAUGGGACGACCGACAUGCGAUGACUGCAGUUUGUGAGUACAUGACGCUGGGGACUCUCGAAGCCUACCUCCGAAGUGCUGGAUCUAAGCUCAACUGGAAGAAUUUCAAGAUGAAAGCAGCAGCUGAAAUCGCACGUGGACUCAUGUACUUGCACAGCCAGCACAUGGUCACGUAUGACGGACUCAAUGGUAGAAGUGUCUUUGUGGACCCUGACAAAGGCUGCAAGCUCAACCCGAUUCAGGCUGCUCUACCUACCGAUGGAUCAUCGCCUUACAGUUGCCAGUCAUACUACCGCCGUUGUGACUCCACGUCCAAGGCAUUUUUCGCUCCUGAAAUUUUGAUUGGUGAGCCAUCUCGGUCAUCGUCCGAUAUGUAUGCGUUCGGCGUGCUGCUGGCGCAUCUGGACACUUGCCAGACAGCGGAUGAAAUGAUCAGAAGUUCGUGGAGAAUGCGUACACAUAUUGGCGAUUUCGACACGGACAACGGUACUCUUCUAUCUACCGACGGCACGGUUGUAUCGACGAAUACUUCGGAUUCCGAUAACUCCCGGCGACGUACCACCCAUCUCGAAAGUCUACCGAGUGCGAACAACAACGCACGUAUACUGCAAAGCUCUCGCAGUCUUGCAUUAGAGGAGAACCGUCGAAGAACAACACCCGUGCUCGGCACCCACAAUAACGACGAAACCAGCUUCAUGAGUAUGUUCACAUUCACACCCGAGUGCCCCACGAUGGUCAAGGAGCUGGCAGGCGCGUGUCUUCAGUACGACCCUUCCCUUCGUCCCAGUGCGUCUUACAUCGCAGCCAUGCUGCACAUUUAGGCAGGCUUUUGCGAACGUGAAGCAGAGAUACCCUAGUUUCCAUAAAACCCAAAAACUAUAAUACAAUAGCCGUGAACAGAAAGA